AUGAAGCUCGAUCUGGACCGGGAAAAGGGCCUCGAGCUCUUCGGCAAGCUGAUACGUACAAAGAACAUCGAAAGUCUGCAGGGUGACCAGCCCAAAACCGGUCCCGAGCCACUUCAUCCAGCCGACUCCAAGCAGAAAUUACAGAAGUGCCUGACGACUCUGGACCUGACGUCUUUAGGAGUUGGCUCCUGCGUCGGGACAGGGAUGUACCUUGUCGCAGGAAUGGUGGCGCACAGCGUUGCCGGACCUGGUGUCGUCUUCUCAUUCAUUAUCGCAGCCAUUGCUUCCAUUUUUUCCGGGGCGUGUUACGCCGAGUUUGGAGUACGAGUGCCUCAUACGACCGGCAGCGCUUAUAUGUACAGUUACGUGACAGUAGGCGAAUUAAUAGCAUUCAUUAUUGGAUGGAACAUGGUGCUGGAGUACCUUAUAGGUACGAGUGCGUGUGCGUGCGCCCUUAGCGCCUGCCUGGACGCGUUGGCGAACGGUGCUAUUUCCAAGGGGGUAGCCGAAAGCGUUGGCACCAUACUCGGACAGCCGCCAGAUUUUCUCGCGUUCGUCAUCACGAUACUCAUGAUGCUGCUGAUGGCGGCGGGGGUGAAGAAGUCGCUGGUGUUCAACAACGUGCUGAACGCCAUCAAUCUCGCCGUUUGGGUCUUCGUGAUGACGGCGGGCAUGUUUUACGUGGAUUCCAGCAAUUGGUCCGAGCACGACGGUUUUCUCCCCCACGGCUGGAGCGGGGUUUUCACCGGCGCGGCGACGUGUUUCUACGCCUUUAUCGGCUUCGACAUAAUAGCCACCACCGGCGAGGAGGCGACGAAUCCGAAGAGGAGUAUCCCCCUCGCCAUAGUCUCGUCAUUGAUCAUAAUUCUCGUCGCUUACGUCACCAGCAGCAUGGUCUUGACACUGAUUGUUCCGUACGAUGAGGUCGAUAAAGAUUCGGCGUUGGUGGAGAUGUUCGGCUAUGUCGGGGCCUACAAGUGCAAGUACAUCGUCGCGGUCGGCGCGCUGGCGGGCCUGACGGUCUCCAUGUUCGGCAGCAUGUUUCCGAUGCCUAGAAUAGUCUACGCGAUGGCACAGGAUGGCCUUAUAUUUCGGAGCCUCGGCCAAGUUUGGCCGGCGACUGGCACUCCCGCAUUUGCGACUCUAACUUCCGGCAUAGCUGCCGCCUUCGCCGCGCUGCUGAUCCAGCUGGAGGUGUUGGUGGAAAUGAUGUCGAUCGGUACCCUGCUGGCGUACACCCUGGUGUCCACGUGUGUGCUGAUACUGCGGUACCAGCCGCACUCGACGAAUCUCGUCGAGCUGCUGCCGCAGAGCCUGCGGACGCCGUGCCGGUCGCCCACGAAGGAGACGCAGGGAAACGGCCAGGUGACUUACGGCAAGGAGCUCAGGCCCGAUCAGCUUGCGACCGCGUUGAACUCGAUGCAGACGGCCCAGUCGGAGCUUACGACCACCAACAACGGGCAGCGUAUCACGGUGCGGCGGGUGAGGAGGUGCAACAGCUCGUCGCCGGACUCGGACGACACGUACGGCAACGAGGAGGACGAGGUGGGACUGGGUAAGGACGAUCAGUAUCUCGUAAGCGACAGAACGGAGAACAAAUUCUACGGCAGCGUGCACGCGGCCGCGGCCGCCUCGAGUUGCGGUAGCGCUCAUCAGUAUCCCGGGAACACGCCGAUCAUAGGGCCACCGUUGAAUUAUCUACAGCGUCGGCUGCAGGCGGCGCAAUACCUUUGUCCCGCGAUAUUCCCAUGGGUGGACAGAGGCCCUGCGACAGAGGCGUCAGGACGCUACGUCAUGAAGCUCGUUGGGAUCUUAUAUUUAUUGAUCCUUAUUUUCGACUUGAUUAUCGUCUGUGGGAUGGAGGACAUGGGAACAUUUACAACGAUACUACUAUUCUUAUUUCUCUUUGCCAUAAUCGGUAUACUUCUCGUCAUCAGUAGAAAGCCGCAAAAUAGGAGCAGCGUAAUGUUCAUGACUCCAGGCUUACCUUUCGUUCCCGCGAUCGCCGUUACCGUUAACAUUUAUCUCAUCUUCAAGCUCAGCAUCCUCACCCUGGUCAGGUUCACGGUCUGGAUGAUUCUCGGUUUCAUCAUGUACUUCCAGUACGGUAUCAAGAACAGCAGCCUGGAGGAGGCGAGCGCGUCGGAGAACAUCGACGACAUGGUCGGCGGCGGCACGGCCGGCAACAUCGAGCUGACCGUGACCGAUCACCAGCGGCAGCAGCAGAAGCAGCAGUACACGCCGGAUCGCAGCAUCUACGAGAGCCAGCAGCUGGACGCGUUCGGCCAGCCGGUGUUCGGCAGCACGAAUUUCGGCGGCACGCCGAACAUUAGCGUCGACGGUUAUCAACAGCAGAGGCAGGGGACGGCGGGGAGCGGCCGUCGCAUCGACCAAACCGCGUCAACGACAACGGGCAGGAACCUGUUCAUCGAUCAGGAUAGCUUCCCCACCUGGGACGAUUGAGGAGCACCGCGCGCGGCACCGAGAAACGGAUAUUAAUAUGUAUACUUAACACGCAGCUAGAGACCGGGGGAGGGGGAAAAAAAGAGAGAUAUUAUUGCUACUAUACACACACCUCUGACGACACGCGCGCGCGUGCGACCGGCAUCGGAUGAUUACCGGUGAAAUCAGACUCCUCGGAGAUCGCGGCGGUUUUUGAGUUGAAGGAGGAUUGAACGUGGUUCUGCUUUCACGCGGCAGACGAUUGUCGAGAGCUCAAUGCGCUCUAAAAGAUCGUUUUAAGAGGACGUUCAACUGAUCUCCCGACAGCUCCGUAACUAAAUUCCAUACAAAGGGGACAAGUUAAAUGCGGUUGAAGAAAAGAAAUCAUUGAAUUUUUUUUUUUUUUUUCGACUUCUUUCAGACUCCCUUGUAAUUUUGCUUGAGAAGGAAAUCUGCAUACGAAUCAGGGCUAAUACCCUUUGUAAUUCUGUCUAUUGACGCUCCUCUCUUUUCGGAGGUAAGUUUAUUAUUCUUUUACAUUUUUCUCGUUUCUAAGUUUUAAUUUUACGAGAGGAAUUUCCGCGGGACGCUCGUUGACACGAUUAUACAAGUUGACUGUAAGAAAUAAGUUGGUUACUUUGAAAAAGCCAUUGACGCUCGAUUGUCUACUCGGAAGUUACACGUCUUUCUUCAAGAAGUACGCGCGAUAGGGAGAGAUUCGGUCGGCGUAAACGUGAAAACCAAGAAGACCGCGAUGCUCCGGGGGUCGGACUUGUUGACUACUAUUUGGGACGAAUGUAGCAAAUAAUUUUGCGGCAAUAUUUAUUAUCCUAGUUGUAUAGUACCGUCGUUGAUGAGGUCGGAGGGUGAAAGAGGGGGUUGAAAACGGGAUAACAGGUCGAGAGAGAGCAGGGGUUACAGGGAGAACGGAUGAACAAGAAAAACGCAGGGAGAAAAAAAGAUGAAGAGACCAUUAUCAUUAUUAGUAUAAGGCGAAACUUGUGUUUUCCAAGAGAGCGUUUUAACUGCUAAUAUAAGUUCAAAUUUUAUCGCUAGUCCAUGAAUGGAAAAACGAGUGCGAGCUGAGAAGCGAGGUGCGUCGUGAGGGAGCGAGAGGAUGAAUGAAAAACAGCGAGAAUGCGAGAAAACGAGAAAAAAAGUGAGACACAGGAGAAAGAGCGAGGCGUGUCUGUGAGAGUAAAGAAUAAGUAAAGAGCAUAUCCGAAAAAAAGAAAGAGAGAGAGAGAGAGAAUAUCUAUAGAAGAGAAACACUUUAAUGAAGAAAAAAGAAAAAAAGAAGAAAAACGUCAUCUCUUUUGCCUAACUUUAGUCUUUCCCAAAAAGAAGAAAAAAAAAGAAGUCUAGUCUAACGUAUUGUAAUCGUAUAUCUAAGCUUACUACAAUACUUACAUACGUCUUACCUCGAGUAAAUCCUUUGAUUAUUAAUUUACACGCAAUUUGUAUAAAUUAUCUAGGAUUUAAGCGCGCGUCGCCUCCCAACGACGAAAGUUUGACGGUGAAAUUAAACUAAACUCGCUGCAAAAGGAUUAAAUGUCUCGAAAGGAAUCAGGUGGGGGAAAUUUACUUUUUUCUUUUUCAAUUAUUUUUAUCUCGCCUCCGUUGAUUGGCGUCUACUUCCCCCGGGACUUCCGUUUAUUUCAAGGAUCAGGAAAAUCAAUUUCUCGCUCGAAAAGUCAGAGUGUACGUAUCGGGGAUGGGUUUCAACAAGAAAACGCGGAGGACGAGAGAGCCAAGGGGCUGAAGAAGGAUUUCAGUUUUCAGGAAUGCACGAGCUCUCCUCUCGAUCGAAUCUACAAUUCGUCCAAUUUCUUCUACGGGAUUAGAGAUGUCGGGAGGGGAGUUAGAAGCGGCGGGAGACGACGCGAGAAUAAGAUUUCGUUUUCGUGUACAUAUCUUCGGUGUUUUUUCGAGACAAGGCCGUUUCUCCGUAAAACGUACGUGCACAAGUCCGUUGUGCUUCUCUGUCCGCUAGUGUGUUCCGCGCGAUGGAUCGAGGAUAGCCCUCGAUACUCCCGAGUUUAAUUGCAGUCGGGGGGGGAGGGGAAUACGCGACCGCGUGUCUCCGAUACGGGCGAGCGAAUGCACGUGCUGCUGCAUUGAGCGUCGUCGCCGCCGCGAUUACUUAUUCACGCCACGAGUGGAACUCCAAUUAGCCCCGGGUAGUCGGGAGAUAAUUCAAGACGCAACCGGGGGAUACGUGCUGCGCACUGGCGCUGAUCUUACGGCCAUGAUUACGGUGGAUGCGUGUUCCGUGGCGAGCUUUUGUCCCGACGAAUACGUCAUAAAUAUUUUGUCGCAUCAAGUCGUCAGAAUAAAUUGGUUCACGUGUUUGUCUCUUCGUCUGAAUUUGUGCGACUUGUGCGGUCGCGAUAUUUUCUUUUUCUCUCGUAGCAAAUACACCCUAUUCACGUAUUCAGUUUCUUCCAUUCACAGGGAAAAUUUUAAAGACUGAAGACGCGACCCCAUGCGGAAUUUAUCGAAACUCGUUCGUGAGACAUUGUUAAACGUUAUUAAUUCUAAUUACUGACUUGUAAUAUAAAUUAGCACUAAGGACUAGUUCAGCUCUCAGCUCUCUUUUUUAUUCUUCUAGAGUUUGAUCUUAUGAGCCCGUUAAAAAGUUAUUUCUAACGCAAUUAGGGUCUCUGUCUUUAAAGCUUCUAGCUUCGAAGUUACAAUAAACCUACAUUCCGUCAGAAUGUGCAAUUCACCCCGAGACAUCUCGACUAUUUCCUCCUCCGUUGGCGCCUCGCAUCCUCAUUCGCGUUAUUAAUUCCGAGAUAUCGACCGCCACGAUCGACCACCGUCGCGAGGCAAUCCGCAAAACAUCCCCGUGGUAUCAAGGAGGACGGCGACACGCGACUGGCGCAAUAAAACGCGCGGGACGCCACCGUAACGCGGAAAUGCUUAUCGAUUGCGCAUUGCGGAACAAUCAAGUAAAUGCGACCAGAAGUCGCCAAGAAUUUAUUACGCACGUUCAAGUCACGAGCUACGGCGAUAAAUAAUUUUUGUCGUUUCGAGACCGUUUUUUUUUCCCCUCUCCUCUCUCUCUCCAAUAGCACGCGGCAGCAGGUGACCUCCUCGGCUUCGCUCGGCGUAUACGGAGACACGCGCGCAUCGUGCAUACUAUUCGACAUUCGAAUCGUGCAUCUUCCAGACGAGCGUCGACGCGUCGCGUGGCGUCGCGACGCCUCGGUCGCUCGGACGUUCGGGGCAAGGUCGUUGGCGGGUACGACGACCUGGACCCUCCUCCCUUCUCCCUCUCCCCUACCUCCCCUCCCCGCGAUCGCUUUCGCGAGAAACGUUUCUUCUUGUAUCUCUUUAUGCAACUACUUUCGUCCACUCCGGCUGCUCCGCCAUUUUUGAUCCGCGAUUCGCGUGCGGAAAUCGUCCCGGCGAUUCUCCCUCGAGUCGCCCUACGUUCCGCGUCCCUUUCCCACGUGAACGGCGAGUUUCCACGACGAGGCGACGAUCAGGGCGGGACGAUCAGGGUACUGACGAAUUGAGGCUGCUACGCCUCAUCAGGUAAAUUCUCGAGUGGGAAGAGAAAGAUAAGGAAGCGAAAUUUGUUAAAAAUAAAAGUACUUUUAUCACAUGAAUUCUUUCGAUUUUUUUUCCAUUAUAUGAAUUCGCGUAACUCGUGUAUGUAUAUCUCGUUUAUCGCGCUGAGGGCGAGUCCGUUCCGCAGCCGAUCGUUUACCCUGAUGCCCCUCUAGUUUAUCGCGCUCGGGUCUCUCGGCGGAACCGGCGGGAUCCUGAUUAAUCUCGCGAGGGAAGAGGAAAAAAGAAAAACAUAUAUAUGUACACACACAUGUAUAACACACACACACACACACACACACAUAUACACACAUACACACACACACACACACACACACUGUGAUCAAAACACUGUACAUAUCUAGCGACGAUGAACGACGAUGAACGUCGAUCGUUUCGCGUUCCAAGCGUAAAAUUGAUACGAGGAUCGAAAGGGGAGAUACUCGACACGCUACAGGGGCAAGUCGAGAGAGCUUGGUCUCGCUUUUUAUUCUCCACAUAUCGAUCGAGGUGAUCCUUUCGCACAUAUCAGUCCUGCACACGUUCGCGGCGCGCGUGGUCGCGUGAUCACGAAGGCUCUAGCCGGCCAGUGAUGCGUACAUUUGACAAUGACGACAACGACGACGGGCGCGCGAAAUGCUAUGUGUAGCACUUUGUACGUGGGAAAUACUUCCCACGUGCACGAGACUGUUCGAUUUUUUAGGUGAUACAUAUCAGGGCGGUCGUAAAUUCGCAUCUACGCUCGCAAUCACGAUAUUAAUUAGUUCGGAGUCCGUUGUCUGAAGUAGAAGGAGAAAAAAAAAAGAGAGAGAUCGUAUCUUUCUUCCCGCUCCUCAAACUAUAAGUUCGACCAAAGCCCUGGACUCGGUGGAUUAAGUGAAAACUCUUUAGUGGGAAUUUUGACCUAAUUAAAAUGGAGUUUCUUGACGUAAGUUAAAUGUUAAAGUAUACUUAAUACUCGAGACGUUGCGUCCGGAAUUUAAAAAAAAAAAAGAAAGUUAAACGGCCAAAUCUUCUGGUCCAAUUGUACCGGAUUUGCAACGCAUCUGUUCUGUUUUCCUUUUAUCUUGAUCCUUUACCCCUGGUAAUAAUGUCGCGGAUAUCUCGGGGAACUGCCUAAUUUCACGCUGAGUUUACGUCAUCGUAAAGUGUCCCGCGAAAACUCGGGUCAUAAAUCUCGCACGAUUUAUAAUUUCACCCUUAUGUAUAUUUUAUAUACGUACAAUGGGUCGAAGACUUACUGCUGAGCGACUAUACGAGAAAAGAAACUACUGGAAACUUCGUUUCGAAAAGAAAGGGAUAUACUUUGAAAUUAAAACGAUAAAUCGUACGCGUUUGCUCGAUGACGUAACACGUAUCGCGUUCCGUGAAACAAAAUUACACAGCGCUCUGGAUAUCCGUUCUGUUUGUCGUAGAAUCGCGCUGUCGCGAUCCUCGACGAACGGGAGUUCACUCUGUGAAAGAACAGUGCCUGUACACAUCUCUCCAGACGUUAGACGAGACGUUAGGGAUCCCUUCCUUGAAACGGACAAAAAAAUACACGGCGGUUGAAAGGGCGAAGCUGACGAAGGAGCUGUGUCGCAUUUUCACGUUAAUUCUUUCUCUUCGUUAAUUAGUUUAAUUUUUGUUAUUGUUUUAAUAAAUUUAAAUCUCAUUAAAAGUCCGUUUACGCUUUACAAAGGGUUACAAACGCGAGGAUAUCUCGACAGGUUUUAUUGUAAUGAAUAAAUUGCAAAGUGACGAUGUUUUUCUCAUUUAACAAAUCCCAUUCGGUUAAACUUUAAAAUUUGCAGGAUUAAAAGAUUCACGGACGGCAUAGCUUCCUCGUAUCCUUCAGCCUGACAAAUCAAGUAUGUUACCUAGACGAAUAAUAUUGUUAGCGAGAUAGCAUCAGGUCCAUAUUGAGAUCGCGUGUCUCGAUGGAUCUCGGGAGAAUAGGACUACAUGCGAGGCUAAUGGCAGAACGACGAAGAGACGCGGCGUUUUACUCUUUGCCCUUUUAGUUAGUCUUUCGUAUUCUUAGAUAGGAGAAAAAGGCCUAUUGCACAAGAUGGCGGGACGACGUCGGUCGUGAUACAAAACCGUGGAAACUUAAAUCAAAGGGGAAACGUUUAGCGAAAAAAAAAUCUCUGCCCCUCUGAAAUGAUAGAAGAGAGCUGAAGCGAUCUGAAGUUAACGUCCGCAAAAACUAUCGCGGAAUGUCCGAGGAAUUAGAAUAUCUAUCGGACGUCUUUGCGCCUGACGUUUCAAUUCGAGAGGGUUUUGUGUCAAGAUCGGCGAAUCCCGCGCAGAUGUCACGUGUGUACCUUGAAGUCGCAGUGUAACUCGCUGCGUGAUAUCUUGAGAGUUCCGACGGCUGUAAGUUGAAAGUAUUAGGCUCCCACGAGGAGGCACGACGACGUGAAAAAAUAUCGCACUUUCAGUCGAGGAAAGUGACAACUGCGAAACCGCUGCAAAAUCGCCAUUUGUCUUUUUUUUUAGGCGUGGAAGACACAUGUCUUUAAUACGACACGAGAUAGGGGAGAGCAACGUAAAUGUUGCAAAAAAACCGUUGUGCAUAUAUAUAUAUAUAUAUAUGGCAAUAAUAAACAAUUUAAGUAAUUAUCAGCUUUUCUCUCCAAAUGCGCGACUUGUGAGAAAUCGGCUUGUGAUACUCGCGAUAAUUCUUCUUCUUUUUCUUCUUCUUCUUCCCCUUCAUUGAAAGUGCGAUAUGUAAAGUCCGAAUAGGAUAAGCGAUCGGCAGCUGAAGAGCAAUUCAUUUCCGGAUCAUAAAUGUAUGAAUGUAAGGCUAAACGAAAAUAUAACGUUUCCCGUAAAGCGAAGCAGACUAGGAGCGACAGGAAAUCUAAGAGAGUCACUAUCGUAUAACGAAGUUGAUUUAACGGAAUAGAAUAAUACAGUUCUACCGUCGGGCAUACGGCACCGCGACAAUCGGUGCGAGAGUUAUUUAUUUUCUAUUUUCUCUUCUCUAAAAAAAAAAAACCCCCUCUGCGAGCACACAGACGAAAAUGCAAGAGGAUUUGCAUCACGUUCUAAAAGGUAACACGCAACUGGAUCGGUCUCGUAUGCGCACCAUUGUACGUACGUGUACGCGACGGCGGUGUCGAGUGGAAUUUGCGUCCGGAGCUGCGCAUUGUUAAUACCUUUGACAUGAAUGUACGACAUUGCGAGAAGCGGACGUUAUUAAUAAUUAAAUUAACUCGUAGCGAUUUAAAUCUUCUACGUAAGCAAUCUCGCGAGACAGCGUGUAUGUGUAUGUGUGCAUCUGUGUGUGCGUGUGUGUGUGUUUUGCGCGCUUCGCACAAUUCCACGUCGCUUUUAAGUCUCGCGCGACUCCAUAUUGGAUUUACAAGAGUGCGUCGUUCCUGCGUCGACCCCGGGACGGCGGAUCGAUCCGCGGAAGAUUCGAGAUUACGAGUUCUUGGGCGAAGGAACUAACGUGCGUCGUCCAGAAUAUGGAAAUGCAAGAGCGUCCUUCAAGGCUGGAAAUUCCGCGAGAACGACGUUGUUCUCAUUUGCCGGGAAUCAGAUUUAAAAAAAAAGAAUCUUGUCUUUAAUAGAAGCAGAGAGAAAGGGAGAGAAAGAAAGAGAGAGGGAAAGAAAGAGGGAAGGAAAAGUGUAUGUGUGAGACACAGAAGGAGAGAGAGAGAGAGAGAGAGAGAGAGAGAGAGAGAGAGAGAGAGAGAGAGAGAGAGAAUGAGAAUGAAUGAUGUAUGUGCGUGACGAUAUACUUUUUUUUCUCUCGGGACGGUUGGGUGGUGGGCACUCGAAGUAUCUCGGGAAGAUAUAUGCGCACGAGAAGGACAGAAUUUUCCAUGUAAUAUAUAUACCCUUACGUAACUAUAUACGUUGUUUAAUAUUGAUAAGGAUCAAAAAUAAAAGUGAUUAUUCAAAAGCUAA